CGAGUCGAGCGAGCCGAGUCGAGGAUCGAGAACCAACCGACGACUCAGGAAGGCAGUGCACGCCCGACUGCCGACACGAGCGGAUGGCGUACGUAGCCGUUCGCGUCACGCUUGCCUCGUGAUUUUCCUUCCUGUCAGACACGGUCACCGGUGUCGUAUUUUGUGACGAGUCACAGCAGUAUUUGAGUUGCUUUGCGACGGCAUGCGGUCGUAGUUAUCAGGCCCAUCGUGACGUCGCGAGUCGCGCGGUCCAGUUAGGGGGAGAUACAGAAAGGGAAAGAACGAACGUGACAGAAAAAGGUAUCGAGGGAACACGGAGGAGAAGCCGAAAAGUCGUUUACGUUUCGACCUUUCCGCGUCUCCGUCGCUUUUCAUCGUUGAUCCGUCGUGUUUGUUCGCCAUCGUCGGACACUGGUGUGGCGGUCCCCGCGUACCUCCUAGGCCACGUGUGUGCGCGGCACGCACAUGCAUGCACGCACACGCAUGCACUCACACACGCACGCACGCACGCACGCACGCACGCAUUCGAAAUAACGUCGAGGCUCGUAUACCAGCGUAAUCUAUUAUCAACGGGACCGCACGGGCAGUUGGUGUACGAAGCGCCCUCCAAAAGUCCUGAGUGCGCGCGUGCAACCCUACCGGAGCUCGCUGACGUUGGUUACCAUAGUAGCGCGCGUGGCGAUCAGCUGAUCGUUGGGAUCCGAGCGUGUUCGACCGUCGACCGUCGGCAGUCGGCCAGCAGCGGCUCCGUCCACUUGCCGUUUUCGUGUGUCACAUUCCGUGGUGCACGCGUUUCGUGUCUCACUCAGGAUUCCCAUUGUUUACCGCGUAACUCGGCUAUCUUCUGUGCCGCGAGCCGGCGACGGCGUCCCUGAAACGUACGAAAUCUCUGGAGUUAGCUCGAAGGACUGACGAAAUUUUUAGAACAGACUCGCCGCUAGCCAACGGUCGCCUUCCGGUGCUACCAUGGAUACACCGACGUCCGCGUCGUUCGUCGAGCCGUUUAAGUUGACACGUUGGAGCCGGACGUGAUUCAAGGGAGCCGAGGCGGCUCGGAAUACGUCGACCGAUCCGUGCGUCGAUGACAAGACAAACGGAGAACGUGUCGCGCUCCCGUCGAUGCGUGCGCUAGCGAGUUUCGGGGCCCCGUUCUGAUACGAGACUGCAGAGACCUCGUCACGACGUCCGUCGCGCAUUUCGAAUUCGUUCGUGCGGAAAUGACACUCGACGGAGGAAUCUCUACCGGUACAGUAGAGUCUGGGACACCGUGUUACCAUGUCUCCUUGGACUGAUCGUUGGAAAUCGUCUGGUUCGAAACACCGGAACGUUCCCGUCGCUAUCGAUUGUUCAGUGGUUCCCUGUGAUCAAGCAUUUCCAACUUACAUCCAAUGAGUGUUCGUUGAAUACUGGCUGCCGGUUUCCCGACGAAUUGUACGUUGACAUGUACACUUAUCUGUAUACAGUGAUCAUUGAGGCCGGAGUCUGCUGUGCGCGAAGCUCGCGAUAGUGUUGUCAGGUGGUUUUUAGAUACGUGACUGAGAGUUCCGACGGCCAUCAGCGACGCACUGUGCAACGAACAUAAAACGAAAAGAAAACGAAAAGAAAGCGAAAAGAACAGGAAAUCGCGAUGAAACGAUCAUUCGAGGAAACAACUAUCUCCGUGGAGACUACCGACGAGAGAUACUCGCCGCUCAACGCAACUAGUUAAUUUCGGGAUGUUCCAGAAUUCGAUUGUUCCAGGCUACUGCGCCAUCUCGAAAUAAGAUACAGUGAUCACGGUUCCAAUUGAAAGUUGAAAUUCCGGUGAAUUUCGGUAAGAUCGAUUAAAAUAUCGACAUAUUGAUACAUCGACGCAUGGCAUGUAUCGAUAUUGUUUCGUGUCGAAAGUAAUUCGCGGUGGGUGAUGGCGAUGAAGCUUUCGGACGCGUACGGGGAAGAAAGAAGGUUUGCCCGGAUUGAGAAUCGUGAUUGCAGUUCCUUUCGAUACGAAUAGAAUUUGGAAGUUUUCAGUGUUCGUAAAAGCGCGUUUUUGACAAUCCGUACGUACCUGUGACAGUCUGCUCGGCACCACCAACGAAACUCGCGGUGACUCUGCUUUUCAACGGAAUUCGUCCACAGUGAUUGCUUUUGUGCGGUGUUUUGGACCGCGGUUCGCCCGAGGCGGCUGCGGCGAUGACAGUUCGAAGUAUUUUUCACGUGCACGCGGAAACAUUGUGAUAGCCGACGCAAGCAACGCCAUUAGUUGGAUUAAGUCAAAUAUGAGGAGAACUCGGUUCCCGGAAUCAUCUUGAUAGAAAGCUUUGGUGACGUACGCCGAACGGGCCAGUAUUCAUGCCAGUAUGCCAAUCAGAUGCCAGUAGAGAGCCAGUAUCUGUAUCUGUCGCUACCUACCGAUAUAGCCAAUUGAUAAGUUAGAUAGUUAAACAUUAAAUAGGCACUGUAACGCCAGUUUCUGAAUAAAUCGUCCGCCGGGACGACGUUUGCUCGCCGCCGGGCACCUCCUUCCGCGAACGUCUUAGAGAAGUAAUCGAAGAAGCAACAAAGGGACACGUCUCAUCGUUUCGUAAUUGUUUCCGUUAUCUUUCCCCGCGAUCACGAUUUGUUGCUCGUUCGUCCGGUUUUCCCCGAAUUAUUUCGCCGUCUCGUUUCUUUCAUUUUUUUCUCAUUUCGAACCGGUGACCACGCGUUUCGAAAGAAACACGCGCGCGCAACGCCACGUAUCACCAACGAAUCCCGACAGCGCGAUCGGCUCGUGAUCACCGUAGCGAACUGACCGAUCGAUUUCUCGGCUGUGAAGUGAAUUAAUAUACACCAGGAAAAAGGAUCGAAACGGAGAAAGGAAGUGAACAGCGUAACACAGGCGAACACGGUGGCUGGAAACGCUGACUUACUUCGAGAGCGCCAACCUGCAAUCAAGGUUCAUGGUUUUCAUGGAUGAAAGCGAGCUCUCGAGCAAGCGGUGGGCCAGUGCGCCCCGCCGCCCGGACAGCCCCUGCGUCCUGGGGGCACCAACGUCUAGGGAGGCGGCGGGACCGCCCGUGCAGCUGGAACCAGUGGACCUGUCCGUGAAAACUCCUGUGGUGUUGCAGGUGCCUCGGUACAGUCCAGCGGCUAUAAUUACCGGCGCGGCUAGAAGAAUCCCUUCACCUUCGACAACGCCCACGCCGCCGCCACUCUCCAUUUCUGCCGUGUCGCCGCCUUUGCCGGGGCUAGGCGAAACAGCGUGGGAGAGAGAUCACGAGCGAGAUCGGGAGAGACACCGGGAACGCGAGCGGGAGAGGGUGCGAGAGAGAAGUACGGAGAACGAGCGCAGGGAACGCCAACAGGAAAGAGAGUCCGGGAUCAGGGAGAGGGAGCCACGGGAUCGGGAAAAGGAACGGGAACGUGACAGGGAGAGGCAGAGGGACAGAGAGAGGGACGUGUCGGUUUGUGUGAUGGAAUCACUUGAUCCUGUGUUCGUAUCUUCCUCGGCCGCCCUCCUCGCGCUGCAAAGGAUAAAGGAAACACCCUUGGUAUUUCACAAACGUCCAGCAUUGGCGACAGGAAUCGGAAUCGGCGGCAGAGGUAACGCCGGUGUUGGCGGUAACGGCGGAGGUUUAGGGGUUGACAGCGAGUGCGGUGACGCGUUAAAAAGACGCAAGGUCCACAGAUGCGACGUGGCGGGCUGCGAUAAGGUGUACACGAAGAGUUCCCAUCUGAAAGCUCACAAGAGAACUCACACUGGCGAGAAACCGUACCAAUGCACAUGGGAGGGCUGCACGUGGAAAUUCGCGCGUUCCGACGAACUAACGCGGCACUAUCGCAAGCACACGGGUCAGAAGCCGUUCAAGUGCCAUCUUUGUCAGCGAUCGUUUUCGCGGAGCGACCAUUUGUCGCUUCACAUGAAGAGGCACUGAUAAAGAGGACAUUCUAGCCGUCGGAAGAAGAGAGCGGAGGGGAAGAACGGAAGAAGAAAGAAGAGGAAGAAGAAGGAAAAGAAGAGAACGGAGGAGGGGGAGAGGAAGUAAAUAGAAAAAAGACCGCUGUUCCGGAGAAUCGGGACUGGAAUCGUGAUCGUGG